AUAAAGAAAUUGACCUAAAUAGGAGUAAAAAUGUUUUGAAAUUUCAAAACAGACAUGUCAUGUUUUAUUCCUUAAAUAGAAGUAAUUACUAUCACGUUUUGGCAUUAACAAACUUUAAAUAUGACAAUAUUUUUCAUAAUUGAGAGUAAAUACUCAUAGUUUCCCAAUUUUAUAAUUCUAGUGGUUAUUUGUUCCAUCAUAUAUAUGUGGUUGCAUACUUGCAAAUUGCACUUCAAUGUACUUACUCUAUGUGAUAUUUUUACUUUUGUGAUUUGUUUAACUUUGCAUAUUUAUAGAUACAAUUAUGUUUGUGUUUUGCAAAAAAACCACUACAUAGUUCACUCCAUUUUUAAUACCACUUUCCUCCCGUUGAAAGGUUUUCAUUGAAAAAUGGCACAAUUAUUUUGACAAUAAUUAUAUAAGAUAGUUCGAGUAUAUUUUGAGAAAUAAUUUUAAUAUGUAUAUAAUAUAAUGUGUUUGUGUUGGUUAAUGUGAUGUUAUAAAUGUAUUUGAUGGAUAAUAGGGUAUCCAAACUAUACAAUUAUUAGGAGAGAAUGAGCUAGACUGUGGAGAAGAAGAUGAUGAAUAAAAUAGUAUAAAAGUGUAUUGAGUAAGGAAUUAGGGUUUACAAGAGCUCCAAGAGGAGUAUAUAUAGAGAAAUAAUGGGAUGGGCCGCUAACAUGGGCCCAACUGCAUAAAAGACUAACCUAUUACAUACAAAUGAUUUAUGAACUAUACAAUAAUACAAAUGGCAUCCGGUAAGCGUGUGUGAGCCGCUGUCCAAGCCCAAUAGUUGGGAGACUCGGGGGUCCGAGUCUAUAUAUAUACUCUAUCAGUAAUAUUUUUAAUAUUUAAUGAUUAAUUUGUCAUUUAAGGUUCUUAAUUAUUUUCUAAAAUGAAAUGAGAACGUUUAUAUGAAAUGCCCAAAAAAAUAAAGUGGGAACAUUUUUAUGGGAUAGAUGGAGUAUCUAUCACAAAAUUUGAAAAAAAAAAACAGAAAAGCAAAACAUCACUGGUAUGUGUUAUUCGGUAGUGCAUAAACACCACAUUUUAGAAUAUUUUUACAUUGUGCUUACUCGGCUCUUGUACAAUUAUGAUGUAAUCUUGAUCGUAUAAAUUAGAAUAGACUUAGAAGAUAGUAAGAGCAUUUGACAUAUAGGUAAGAAACCUGAUGGAAAGGUAAGAAGAAAUUACUUUGGAGCAUAAGGAGCUUGUAGAUAAAAUGAAGCUUCCAAGAAGACAAAGAAAAGAAAAGUCUGAUUUGAAUAUACACCCGGUCGGGUAAAGUCAACAACCCGGCGGGGUAUGUUCUGACCUCAAACAAAAGAAGCCGUGAAGGAACAAAAAAUCACCGUAAAUUUUGAUUUCGUACGUCUUAUACCUGGUAGGGCAUAUCAACAUAUCCAGUUGGAUAUGACUCAAAUUGUAAAACUUCUUUGUUGAUGCCAAGGAUAGCAAGUCGGUGUCAUAUAUACUAGGUCUGAUAUUUGAGUCUAGAACCUCAUUUCUUCUAUUAAACCACCACUUUUCUUCCCUUUGGAGGAGGCCAUCAAUCCAAUCUAUCAUCUAAAAUUUAUCCUUGUAAAUUAGGUAGUCUUUUGUCUAAGGUUUACUAUAUUGCAGCUUGUGAUUUGCAUGUAGCGAGUUAUUCCUUUAAUCCCUGUCUCUUGAGUAUUAAAUACAUUCCUUAUUUUAUUUAAUGUUGAUAAUGGAGUGCUGCUAAAUGCUAAGUGAUCAUCUAGGGAUUCUGGUUUGGAUCGUCUUGUCUGGCCCCCUAUGGAAACAUAACAAUAUACUCCAUUAUAAUCUAGAACACUUACUUUCAUAUUAAUCUAUGGCAUUAUUUUCAAAUCUUUCUCUUUUGAGUCCAUGAUAGCGUUAUUUUUUCAGCUUAUCUGUAUGAGCAAGAGACCAUACAUCUAGAUUUUUGGAAAAUGUAAUAGAGACAUAAAGAUUAUCAAUACAUAUACCAUCAUUCAAGUAGGCGAUUUCGUUAUUCAUAUUCAUGGUCUUGAUGAAGUAGAGCAAGAGAGUUGGUAGAAUUUGAAUUGAAGAGGGCAUAUCUAAAAACUAAGUCGAGGAAAUUAUGAAAAGUUAUGGAUUAAUUUACAAGUAUGCAAGAGCAUAUCAUUUUUCUUUGAAGCAUUUCUGUAAUGAAUUUACUAUAAGCAUUUAUAGUAAAUGGAAUCUAUAGGAUUGUGAUAAAUCAAAUACUGCAAAACUCGGGCAUUUGUUAAUGGUCAGAAUGGGACAGUAAUGAAAUUUCAAUUUGUACCUGCACAAUAAUAUCAUAUAGGGGAGGAAGACCAGAAUUAUAAAUUGAUAGAAUUGAAAAUCAAGGAUAUAGACUCACAGUAGGAAAGGAAAAAAGAUGAAAUUUAGUGCUAUCAUCAACUAUGGGGUUAAAGUUAGGCGAAAUUCCCCAUUUAUAUAGGCCCCAUUAUUUAUUUGUUUCUAUUUCUUAAUUCCUAAAACAACUAAAAAUUGAGAGAAGCGGUUAAUUUUCUCUUAGGAAUCAUUCUAAAUCCUAUAAAUUAUGUGAUAUCUUGUGGAGUUUUUAUUCAAUGAAACAUUCAAAAAAUAUAGUGUGGGGCACAAAGGAUCUCUAAACAUUUUAUACACCCUUAAAUUGUGCAUAUGUCUAAUAUUUCUUAAAGGAAUUGAAUGAUGGUCUUAGUAAGAAAGCUUUAGAAGGUUCUAAUGCAAUAAUACAUAUGGGUGAACCUUGACUGAUCAAAUCAUUGGUAUAUCUGAAAUGAUUCUAAUCUAUCUAUAUAUAAUAACAAAAGGUUUCUUGGGGCACAAGUUGUCAAUAAGAUUGCAUGGGCAAGUGUUAGAGUGCUAUGUGUAUGAUGGAAACUUCUAGACAAGGCUGUAAUUGCAUUUUUGUGGCACGAAUGCGUAAUGAAUAUGUGGGUAUUUAAUUUUUUAUGUGCAUCAAACGAAGUUGUUUUCUGUUCGUAUUCAUUUUAGGCUCUUGGUAUUCUAACUUUUGGCACCUUCUUUGUUCUACGAGUUGCAUGUUGUUGGCUUUCCGUAUUCCAACAUGUGAAGUUGUAUAUAUAACAAGGGACAUCACUCCAACUAAAUCAACAUGAGCAGUGAAGGUUCAUGCCAUUCGUGUGUACAAGGUACUUGUGAAUGAUAGAUACAAGGAGUGUAUGGAGUGCAUCUUUCAGGAUGAGGAGGGUACUAGGGUGCAUACUCACACUGAAAAGAAUCUAAUUCCUAAGAUUCAUACCUUUUUGCCGAAGGACAUUUCUUUGCCAUUAAAAACUUUUGGGUCCAGGAAAACUAUAUGGCAUUCAAGACUACAUCUAAUCCUUUGAAGUGGAAGUUUUUAUUCAAGACUGCGGCAUUUGAAAUUCCUAAGGAUGUGUUCCCGGCUAGAAUUUAUGAUUUUUCUAUCUUUGCCUUUCUGCAAGGGCAGGAAGUUCUUAAUGAAAAUAUUGCUUUUGGAUUGAUAUGUUUAAUUUUUGUUUUCUAAUUGAUUGUUGCGUUAUACAUUUCUGAUGUCUGAAGUUGUUCUAUUAGAUGUUAUUGGGAAGGUUGGAGUAAAGGUGUUGUCAAAUACAUAGGUGGGAGGAGGUUGAUGGAAAUUCCAUUGUAUGAUGAGAUUCACAAUUGUAUUACUGCUACAUUGUGGGGGGAUUUGAUUGAUCGCUAUUCGGAUUAUGAGAAAGAAAAUGAAGAGAUUAUUAUCAUGGUUCUUUAGAUGUGUCCUUGUAAGAAAUACGAAGGUCGUGCUUAUGCUCACAAUGUCCACAAUGUCACCAAAUUGGUGUUGAAUGGUAACAGUGAAGAUAUUGUUUCUUUUAGGGCGAGGUUGCCACUGCGUGAAGAUGAGGGCACUCUCACAUUGACUAUGUCAUCUCAUACCACCUUUUAUGUGAUAUUUCCAGUGGAAGUGUUCAGUUGACGGUGGUUCAUGAUUUGCUGAGCAUUGAAGAGGUAUAAGCUCAAUGUCCGUGUGAUGGAUGUUACUGCUUAAACCACAUUUGUAUUGUGGGAUAAGCACUGUAAUAGGCUGAUAGGGAAGACUGCUUCUGCUCUUCGGGAUGAAGUCAAUAUGAAGAUAAAAAUGCUGGCGUUGGUGAUCAUGUUAUCUACACUUAAGUUAUUGAAGAUUUGCUAGGCAAAUUAUUUUUGUUUAGGGUUCAUACGAAGAAGGAUGUGAAUGUUUAUAAGGGAAAGAAGUCGUUCAAUGUGAUUGAGAUUAAUGAUGAAAAAGAUGUUUUGGCUCAAUAUUCUUCAAAGGAUGUUUCGCAGGAGGAAAUGGAUGAGUUUGAUGAGCUUCGCAAGGAACUGUAUGCAAAUGAAGCGAUUGGUUCUACCGAGCAGGAGGUUAACAACCCUCCUCCAAAUUCAAGCCAAAGGAAUGUCAAUGCAGUUGAAGGGGAGACUAUUAGACGUUGUCUAAUGGGAGAACUUUCAGUUUUAGGACCUUCAAACAUAAAAAGAUUGGAAAACAUUGUUGUGGAUGAAGGAUAUUAUCAUGUUUUGUUGAAAUGUUUGGUAGAUUGACUGGAACAAUUGUUUUUGUGGGCAACUCUGUUAUUUUGUUUACUUGGGGCAAGUUGCUUUACCAUCAGCAAGAACGAACAACUGCUGCCACCAGGGUCAUCGUAGAGGAUCUAGAAGCUUCUUGGAGCAUUGUACGCCACAAACGACGGCGUUCCAUUCCCAAUCAGGCUCAUAUUCUCAAUCAGCUAACCACGAAGCUCUACCGCGACAAAGACAGGUUAGAAGGUAAUACUAAUCACUUUUUCUUCUUAGACAUGGAGGAUUUUCCUCCCAGCUCUACUCUACACUCCCAGGAGUCAAAAACUGAACGGCAAAACCACCACAACCGUCUGUAUUACUCUCAUGGUGCCAGAGAUAACGUCUGGCAUACUGGGAAAGCGAGAGGCAGGGCAAGCCAAAUCCG